AGUAGACUCCACUUGCGUAGUCCGCUCCGUGUCCGAUGCUCCGCUCCCUUCAACUGUGAAUGUUGGCGAGCGCAAUCUUGCCAAUGGCCGCAAAUUUUGUCGCUGUCCAUCUUUAAUUCUAUAACGCAGCAUCGUCUAUAAACUCUUAUUAUAUACUCGUAUGCAACACCAACAUGAGUGAUACCCAGUCGCGCGGCGCCACAGCGUGCGGCCCUUGUGCCAAAGCCAAGGUGCGAUGCACGCGUACAUCGUCUCUGGUCCGACCAGAGCGAAACAGCCCACAGGGCUGGAGCACUUGCGAUCGAUGUCGGAGGUUAAAGAAAGUAUGUUGUCCGCAGCAGACUGAGCCUCGAACUACGCCAGUCCCACGCACGAGAUUUGGACAACUUGAAAAGAAAGUUGAUGCCUUGAUUGAGUCACUGGCUCAUCAAGUCCAACCUAGCCAUGAGAUCUUGGAAACAGGCUUUGCAAACAUCCUCAAGUCACAACCACCAAAGUUUGCUCAAACUGCUGAGAAGUUCGCCUCAGCAUCUAGAAAUCUUUACAUGAAGGAGUUGGCUAGCCGGCCUACCCAACUUCCAUCACCAGAAGAGCAUGCUACGCCUGGAUCUGAUGAUCCCCUCUGGCCCUCAGAUGACGAAGCUGAAUAUCUCUUGAGUGUCUAUAGCGAUGUUCUUGGAUGUGUCUUCCCAUUCGUCGUUCCCUCAAAAGAACCUGUCGCUGAAUUUCGUCGUAAUAGGCCCUAUCUGUUUAAGGCUAUGGUGAUGGCUGCAUCGUACAGAUCGAGGGAGAUGCAGAAGCUUCGCGCGACAGACUUUACCAACUCACUCAGUACUGCUAUUCUCCUCAGAGGCGAAAAGACUCUGGACAUGCUACAAAGCCUUCUAGUUCAUAUAUCUUGGUACCAAUGUCACUUGAAGCGUAACACGCAAAUGACCAAUCUUACCCAAUUAGCCAUUGCCCUGUUGGCAGAUCUAGAGCUUAACAAACCAUAUCAUGCCAAUGAUCGACGAAAACUUAUUUUCGACAGCUCUAGAUCUGGGUAUGGGUUUUCUGCAGAAACCAAAACGUUGACUAAUGAAGAGAGACGGGCGUUGCUAGCAUGUUACUACUUUUCUUCAACUGGAUCAACGGUCUAUCUCCGCGUUGACGCCUUGAAAUUCACCUCGCAUAUGCAAGAUGCUCUCGACUGGUUGGUUGAGGCCAACGAGUAUCCGACAGAUACCUUACUGGCCUACUUGGUUCGCUCUCAAAAGAUUGUCAAUGAGGUAGCCCAAAUUGUUCCAUAUGAUGAGCCAGAUCACCCGCGAUGUCGCGGCGAGGCUUUCAUGAUGCAUUUAAGGACACUCGAUUCUAGUUUGACCAACUUCCAAAGAGCGCUGCCGCCAUCGUUGGAGAAGCACGAUUUUCUGCUGAUGCACCUACAUACUGCACGUAUAUUUCUCUACGAAGUCAGUCUCUACGAUUCGCCUUGGCAAGGAACUUCAUCUCGUGACAGACUCGACGCCUUGAUUACAUGCUCCCACCACGUGGCUUCAUUUUUUGAUACGUUUUUCCUUUUCCCAGACGAAGCCUUUCUUGUACUUCCCUACUCACUUUGGGGCCAAUUAUCACAUGCCCUGCUAGUCGCAUCGCGCCUGUGCCUGUUGGAUUUUGAAGGUUGGGGCUCCCAGUUUGUCCAUAAAGAUGUCAGACUACCCGAUUUAUUGGAUAAAGUCAUUCUUAAACUAGAGCAAGCAAAUUCUGUUGCUCAGAGAGUUUGGUUGGGCGACAAAAACGAUGCGAUUUUGGAGAAUGUCAUCUCCAAGUUCAAGUGGGUGCGCGAGUGGUGGCAGGAGAAUGGUGUUCCGCAUGCUCGCAACAAUUCAGGGGAGAUUUCUGUGACGGAAGAUACCGACCAGAUGGGAAUGUUUGUCGAUGGUCGGUUUUGGGAAGAGAUCAUGGCUGAUUAUAAGCUUGCUCCAACGCUGGGUUUGCCGUGAUGAGGAUUAAUACGUACGAGGAUGGGUUAUACUGUACAUAUUGGGACGAAUUUAUGAAUUUCAAGUCUAUAAUACAAGAUUUAUAAUUUUAUUUUAUUUUCUAGAAAU